AUGUUUUUUGAUCCCGAAGAACUAGACAACAAGAAAAGUAGAAAGAUUUGUAAAGUAUUGUUUAUAACUGGAUUUGCAAUGAUGCCAGCUUGCUGGGUCAUUUUGAUUUGGUUCUGUUUCUAUUUUGUAAAGCCGACUACGGUGUACAGAAAUCGAUAUAUACUGUUGGGAUGUACACUCAUCUUUGUCGAAACGUUGAUACUCUUUGUGUGGAACUUGAUAUACCAAAAUUCGUGGAUGAAGUGGGGCGCUGUCGGUGAUUACCUUGAUGUCAUUUCGUUCAAAGGGCAAUUGUAA